CAAAGCGUUCUUAGCCGGGCGGCCUAAACUUAAAGUAAUGGGAGCGGCCUAGGGAACUGCGCUCUUACUUCGUGACGGACUUCCCAAACUGCAGCUCAGAAUCCGCGGCUCCUGCUGGACCAGGAAUCUCCGCUGUCACCAUGAUCUCCACCCAGCUCAGUGGCGAUAUCCUGAAGCCGCAGUUCAUGGAGCAGCUGAACUACCUUAGAGAAAGAUGUGACCAUCUCGCUGCCUGUCUCCUGCUCUCCUCUAAGCACAUCCAUAAUAAACUCUCCCAACCUGCAGAUAAACCUCAAGGAAGGCCCAAGACUGCUAUGGCUGCAUUAGGAGGAAGCACAUGGAAUCCAUAUGAAACAACUAUGAAUCGUGAAUACACACACAAAAUCUCAUCAACCCAGGCAUUGCGUCCUCAGACAUCUAAAGGCUACAGGAAUCCUUACUGCCUGAGCGACCCGGUGGGGAUGAGUAUGUACAGCGAUGAGUUUGGCUGGAAGCCAUAUUCCAAACCAGAACCGAUAAGGGCAGCAACAUCUUCAGGAACGAGAAGUAACAAUCCCCAGGCGAAUAAGGCUUUCACAGUUUGGAAGCUGUCUCGCGAGGAACAAAAGGCUGCUUUUGACACCUGCACACCUUUGAAAAAAACACCAACAGCUGAAGAUUUCCAGAGAGUAAUGAAGGCCCAGUUCUCUUCCACUUACAGAGGAGAUUUUUUAGGAUUACCACAAGGCUUUCAGGUUAAAUACGCCUUGACCCCUACCUUGAACUGGAAAAAGCAAAUUCCUCGCCCUCUUGAAACGGAGUCACGAUUUCAUUAUCAGAUUCAGCCACAUGAUCCUGAACUACAGAACUUCACGUACAAAUAUGGAUGUUACGCAAACAGGCAUCUGCCUGCCAAAGGUGUAGUUCCUACUGUGCUAAAGUCUCAUAUCCAGAACCAAGAACACAGAAAGCAACUGACUACAUAUCAGAGGCAUUUUGGAAAAGAAUACAUUGACCUUCCAUCACUUGUAAAAUCAAUGAAUCCAGAGGAGCUAAAUAAAUAUCUGGAUAGCGUACCCCCUGAAGACAAAGCAGCGGUUGAACAAAUCCUGAUUUCAGUCACAGGCCGCGGCUAUCAGAAUUUAAAGCAAAAAUCAUCUCAAAUGAAGGUUCAUGGACACCAGCCUAAGAAGUGAAUUUGUUCUUCAGUCAAUGCAGAUUGUGCGAUUUUGUGUGUGUGUGUGUGUGUGUGUGUGUGUGUGGGGAAUACAACAGGAGCUUUUACACAUUUAAAUUCUUCUACCUCACGUGAGACUGCUGCUGAUUACUGUAACUGGGUCUGUCCUAAUAAAAUGUUAUUAGUGUGAUGUGUUUCAGAGGGGGGCAAUUCAAUUAAUAUACAUUUCGCUAUUGUACUAUUCCCUCCAAUUCCACUGAUCACAGUGUAGAGGGUCCAGGGGUGCUACUCACCAGAUCACUCUUUCAAUGUGCAUUACUGGUCAUCUUCCAGGUUUUGAGAAUUAAAAUAUGUUAAACUAAUAGUUAUUCAAAAGUUUUUUCAGUAUUCACUACAUGUGAUUACUACAUGCUAGAAAUAAACCAGGAUUUACCCACA